AUGACGAGAACCACUAAAUGGACUAUCCACGAGCAUCAGGCGGAUCCUAAGUAUUUUACGCAUAAUGGCAAUUUUGGUGAAGCUCCAUAUAAUGUAAAGAAGCACGGUUCAGGUAAAGGUAACUGGGGUAAACCAGGCGACGAACUUAACGAUUUGAUGGAUUCUGGAGAGAUACCACCACUUUUUAACAAAGAAAGAAGAUCUUCUAAUGUUAAUAGCCAACUUAAUGAGAAAAGAUUUGAGGAUAUUCAAAAAUAUCAAAUUUGA